GAGAGGAAGCACCUGCAGCCGGACAAGAGAUGGUUUCACUUCUGCAUGUGUGUGUGUUUGUAGGAUGUUCAGGAUGAAGGACUGGACCUGGUGGUGUCCCGCAACAUGAACACCAUGCAGCCUGUGGCCAGCCUGCUGCUGGUGGUGAACAGGAUGAAGUCUCUGUCUCUCUGCGGCGGGAAGCUCAGUGGCAGCGAGCUCUGCAGCGCCAUCAUGGAGAGCCUGGUGACAGAGACGAUCGUGAAGACGGCCUUGUGUCCGUCCAGCAGGAGGAGGAGGUUCGUCCGAGUGGACAGUGUGAAGCAGUGCACGCUGUGUGACGUCGAGAAGAAAGACUUGGUGGUCUCUGAUGCUCCAGGAAAGGUUGAGCUGCAGGCCAUCACUCUGAGAGGAGGAAGCUCUGAGAGAAAGGUGGAGAUUAAACUUUCAAAGUACGUCUCUCCGGUCGACUCAGAGGACGAAGUUCUGACCGUCGUCCUGUCCAUCGCCAACAACCUGCACAUCUCCUGCUGCAUGAAGGACGACAGAGCUGUGCUCAACCUGGAGGAAUGCAGUGAGGAGGAUUUGACGAACAUCAGCGACGACAGAAACACGGACCGUUUCCUCUUCUACAAGAGAAACAUGGAGGUGGAUAACUUCACCUUUGAGUCGGUGAAGUGCAGCGGCUGGUUCAUCAGCACCAGCGACCUCGAGCACCAGCCAGUGGAGAUGUGUGAAGUGGACGCCUGCAGAUACACCAGAUUCAAAAUAAACUAAAGUUUACUUUGAAUGUGUCCAGAAUGAUUCAGAUUCACUUUAUGCUAUUUUCAUAUUCGUGCAAAAUUAAUCUAUCUUAUCUUUAAGACAGCGUUGUCACAGGGUAUUGCCUCAUCAGAAUGUAAGACAUGUUUAACCCAUAAGA